UUCCUUAGAAAGCAACAAACAGCAACAUCUUCAGAUAAACUAGAUCAUUUCUAGGCUCGUGAGUCUUGGUGUCAUAUUGAAGAUGGGACAUAGUGAAGAACGUGCUGUGAACCUGCAGCAUGAACCAAAAACACACAACCCCUCUAGUGUUCCUGUGUAGGCUGACUAGUGGAAACCAUCUCUGCUGCUCCAUGUGCCUCUCUGUGUGCGCGCAGUCUUCAUCCGGUGGAGCAGCCAGACGCUCAGACCGGACCGAGCACCGCACCGGGAACACUUUCUGCUCCUAAAAUGAAUCCACACAGCAGCAUUUGAACACCUCCACACCGCAGACAGACCUCCUCUUCCUCCUCCUCCUCCUCCUCGCUGGAAGCUGCGGGUUUAGUUGGUGUCAGGCUGCCGGAGGAGCGAGCAGGACUACCGGGGUGUCCUACAUGAACGUGCCGGAGACUGGAGCGUGCAGAGCGGCGGACCGAGCUGCUCACUACCGGGACUCUGAGAACACCGAGGCAGGCGCGUAAAGGAGGAGAAGAGGUGCACUCUUUGGUGCAGGUUUCAGGGUCGCUUUGCUCUCUCUGUAGAGGAGAGUUUGGGAGCUGCUGGAGCUGCAGGAGUGAGGAGAUGUAACAUGGAUAUCCAAGCAGGGAUCAACAUCAGCAAACAGCACCGAGGACACAGCAUACUCAGAAGAGCGGUGAAAGUGCUGGAAAGGACAAAGCCAGGAUCCUACACACCUGUGAUUUGAUGUGAGCUCGUAUUGACCUGAGACUAUUAAAAUGGAGUUGCUAUGGAAACUUAUACUUCUGCUGUCAUUGGUGGAGUGUCUGGCAGGAAGUGGAGUCCUGCUGAGGCCCGUGUUCACCAAGCAGCCCGGCAGCGUGGUGUUCCCCCUUCAACCUGGCGAAAAUCGCAGAGAGGUGGUGUUCAGCUGUGAGGCCCAGGGACACCCACCGCCCUUCUACAGGUGGAAGCUCAACGACUCGUUCGUCCUGCCCAGACCGGGGUCACGUUACUCCCUCAUGGGAGGAAACUUACACAUCAGUCAUCUGAAUAAAGAGGAAGAUGUCGGCAUCUAUCAGUGCCUGGCAUCGAACUCUUUCGGCACCAUCGUCAGCAGAGAGGCCAGUCUGCACGUUGCAUACUUGGAGAACUUCAAGACCCAGAGAAGAAGUCCAGUGAGGGUUCGCGAAGGUCAAGGAGUGGUCCUGCUGUGUGGCCCGCCGCCCCACUCCGGAGAACUCACCUUCACAUGGAUCUUCAAUGAGUACCCUUCGUUUGUCAUCCAGGACACACGACGGUUUGUGUCCCAGAAGACGGGCAACCUCUACAUCGCCAAAGUGGAACCCUCUGAUGUGGGCAAUUACACCUGUGUGGUCACCAACACAGUCACCAAAAGCAGCGUUCAAGGACCACCGACUCCUCUAGUGCUGCGGGUUGAUGGUGUGAUGGGCGAAUACGAGCCAAAGAUCGAAGUGCAGUUCCCUGAAGUUGUCCCCGUCGCUAAGAGCUCAACUGUCAAACUGGAAUGUUUUGCACUUGGAAACCCAGUGCCAACCAUCAGCUGGAGAAGAGUGGAUGGAGCCUCUUUUGGCAGGAAGGUGGACAUAAAUAAAGCCAGCGGAGUUUUAGAAAUCCCUUACUUCCAGCAGGAGGAUGCGGGAGUGUAUGAAUGUGUGGCUGAAAACACCAGAGGAAGAAACUCGGCUAAAGGAAAGCUGUCUUUCUACGCUGCACCGCACUUGACUGAGAAGCCUCAAGAUGUCCAGAAGACCAUUGAUGAUACUCUGGUGUGGGAGUGCAAAGCCAGCGCCAAGCCCAAGCCCUCGUACCGCUGGCUGAAGAACGGAGAGCAUCUGGACCCCAUGGAGCAGGACAGGGUUCAGGCCAAUAACGGAGUGCUGACGAUCAGUAGCUUGCAUCUGGCUGACAUCGGCAUGUACCAGUGCGUGGCAGAGAACAAGCACGGCCGGAUCUUCACCAACGCUGAGCUCCGAGUCAUCGCCAUCGCUCCAGACUUCUCCCAGAACUUAUUGAAGACCCAAACUUUGGCCCGACAGGGUGGCGACGUUCUGAUCGAAUGCAAGCCAAGGAUGUCUCCUCGGGGUGUGAUCUCUUGGAGGAAGGGGAAGGAAGCCUUGCGAGAGAGCCACAGAGUUACUGUGUUGGAUAAUGGCAGCCUACGGAUUUCCAAUGUUUCUAAAAUGGAUGCUGGACUCUACACGUGUGUGGCCAGAAACCAGUUUGGAGUAGCGAGCAGCGCCGGCAGCCUUUUGGUUAAAGAGCCCACUGCGAUCACCAGUCCAGCAGGUCAUCUGGACGUGACCGUGGGCGAGAGCAUCGUGCUGCCCUGCCAGGUGUCUCACGACCCCACGCUGGACCUCAAGUUCACCUGGUUCUUCAACGAGCAGCUCAUCCACUUUGGGAGCCACUGGGCUUAUUUCGAAAAAGUUGGUGGGCGCUCGGCCGGUGACAUCAUGAUCCGGAACAUUCAACUGAGGCAUGCUGGGAAAUAUACGUGUGCCGUUCAGACCAAGGUGGACAGCGUGUCUAUUGCCACUGAUGUGGUAGUCAGAGGUCCCCCCGGUCCUCCUGUGGACUGUCAGGUGACUGAGAUGACAGAGACCACUGCCUCUCUGUCCUGGGGACCCGGGAUGGACAACCACAGCCCCGUCCUCAGCUACACCAUCCAGGCCAGGACGCCCUUCUCUCUCGGCUGGCAGGCCGUCACCACCGUUCUGGAGCGGCUCGGGGGGAAGCAGCUGUCAUCCGCCGUCGUUGACUUGAGUCCCUGGGUGGACUAUGAGUUCAGAGUCCUGGCAACCAACAGCAUAGGAACGGGAGAGCCCAGCAAACCCUCCAAAAAGGCCCGCACCAAAGAAAUGCUUCCCAGAGUGACUCCGGCCAGAGUGAACGGCGGCGGCGGAGGACGUUCAGAGCUGGUCAUCACCUGGGAGCCCGUUCCCGAGGAGCUGCAGAGCGGUCCGGGCUUUGGCUACGUGGUGGCUUUCCGCCCACUCGGGGCGCAGGGCUGGAUGCAGGCUGCUGUCACGUCCCCGGAUGCCUCCAGAUACGUCUUCAAGAACGAGAGCAUCCCUCCCUACUCCCCUUACCAAGUCAAAGUCGGGGUUUACAACAACAAGGGAGAAGGCCCUUUUAGUCCGGUGACCACCAUCUACUCAGCGGAGGAAGAGCCCAGCAGAGCUCCGGGGAGGCUGAGGGCGAAGAGCGUAUCAGCGUCGGAGGUGGAGGUCACCUGGAAGCCGCUAGCCUGGAGCAACAACCGUAGACGCAUACUGGGCUACGAGUUGCAGUACUGGGGUGAGAGGAAGAAGCAGGACACAGCCACCGUGAUCAGGACGGUGGGGAAUAAGACUUCAGUCCUCAUCAGGGACCUGGAGGGCAGAAGUACCUAUUACAUGUCCCUGCGGGCCUAUAACAGAGCCGGAGUGGGUCCACAGAGCAUCGUAGUCAAUGUCACCACCAAGAAACCACCGCCAAGUCAAGCCCCGGUCAAAAUCAUGUGGAACACUUCCAACUCCAAGGUCAUCCUGAAGUGGGACCAAGUCCACGCUCUGGAGAACGAGUCAGAAGUCACAGGAUAUAAGGUGAUGUACAGCCAGGACAAACACGGCCGACCCAGUGUGGUGGAGACCAACACCACCUCCUUGGAGCUGUCGCUGCCGGUCAACCAGGACUACGUUAUCCAGAUCAAACCCUUCAGCGAGGGAGGGGAGGGCAGCAGCAGCCGCCAGAUUACCAUCCCCAAGAUAGCAGGCUCCAUAGCGACGGGAGCAGCCCCGGACUCUUCUGCGUUUCCCCUGGUCAACCUCGCGGCGUUAAUCCUCACAGCCAGGACGGCACUAUGACAAACAUCUGCAUCAACCCGGCACUCCGGCUGCUUGUUACAGUAAGAGGAGAAAACAGCAGGUCAGAGACAACCAGAGGCUGACAGCUGCAUAUCCACCUGCUCCCUUCCCCUCUUCCCUACCGCGUCUUUCUUCCUCUUCUUUCUACAAAGAUCUCUUUUGUGAGGAAGAAUCUUUUUUCCUCCACCUUUCUAAAAGAAGGAGUUAUUGAAAAAGGAACUGGCUCUUUCAGAAGUUGCUUUUUAUGGAAGAAGGAAGGACACCGUGACUCGACUGCAGUCUCUUUGAAGAUGUUUCUUUCUCUGCUCCCUUCCAACCUGUGGAUCUUCUCAUGUGGUUUUAACCUCGGAGGCCCAGUAGGUGUGUGAUGCACACAUUAUGACGUGUAUAUUUUUUCUCUGUGGGACUGUGCAGGUUCUGUUAAACGGAUAUUGUGUGUUCCUCUGGACUUUUCUUGGAUGCUGGGAUUUUACCGAGGUUGGAGGAGAGACGUUACACAGCUCAUAUUUAUGUGAGUGAAGUCGUAUUUAAGUCGAGAAAUGGGUGAAGCCAAGACUUCCUGCACUGUCUAAGAAGGAAAACCAACUGUUACUAAUCCCUGCCACAAACAGGGAGCUAAGCCUCAUCGCUUUAUGACAAACCACAAUUUGGGACCUUUGUAACUUUGCCUGGAUUUUAUUCAUGCUUUUUACGUUACGCCACAUUACAUCGAGACCUCAGAGUUGCCAUGAAAACUGACUGUAACCAAAGGUAUAUUGAGCCGACGUGGUUCAGUUCCACCUGUUGUGUCGUCGUGAGAAUACGCAGCGUGUCCCAUCGCAUCCACUGUAAAACAGCAGACUUGUGUUGAUUAAUUGAUGUCUUACCUUCCUCCCCUCCUCCUCCGUGAGAAGUGUGUAACAACGGCAUAGUUGUGUACACCGUAUGUAUGAAAUCCUCAGGUCCCAAAUGAGCCUUAAGUUUUCUGAUUAGUUUCCAUGUUGUUGUUAUUAUCAAGAGGUUUAUUUAUUUUUCCUCCUCCGUUUAUCCGCGUUGUAUCUUGGCUCACUCAUGCUAUAAUUUAUGAAUAACUGACCGCUACAUUGAGAUUUGUUACUUUUUUGGGUGUUUUUGGGCUCAGAAACAAACAUGCCUUUCUCCUGCGUCUCUCAUGAUGAGCAUUGUAAUACAGUACAAGUGGCAGUGAUUGCUGACUUUUCUAACGUAGCUUCUUACAAAGUAGGGACGGUACUUUUACCGUCAGCUGCUGUUUCGGCAUGAGAUCGGUCAGUGUACGUUGCUUUAGGAUGUUUGAAUGGAUCAACCUGCUUUUAAUAAACAUAAUGCCAUUUUA